AUGCCUUUCAACGAUAUCAUACAUGCUAACAUCGGCGUUCCGGGACAGGAUUUACAUGUGGAUGGAGUGAGGAAAGAGGAUGAUGAUGAGAAGCAUUCACAUACCCACUUGAGCGACAACUACGACGAACUCCACUUCCCUUCUCAGAAUCGCUACGGCUCUUUUGCUCCCCAGAGAGCCGGAAACGACGCGAAAUGGUACAUUGACGGCUGUGGAUACUUCUGGGCUCUCUCCAUCGCAGUCGAACAGGCGCAGCAUUCGAUAUGGAUCAUGGACUGGUGGCUAUCGCCCGAGGUGUAUCUGAGAAGGCCACCAUCGAGGUUUCAGCGAUACCGCCUUGACCGCAUGCUUCAGGCUGCUGCCGUCAGAGGUGUUAAGGUGGAAAUUAUCCUUAAUAAUGUUGGUAACACUGUGUAG